CCCAUGUCCAUGCUGACCGCCCGAACAAUGCGAAAUUCCAUGUUUUUUCACACUCAGAAAUAACAACUGAUCAUGGUUCUUGUUUCUAGAAUAGCUAAUGCUGUGUUUUCGAAGGGAAAAGCCGCUGUUAGAAAACAAACCAGCUUCAUUGAUCGCCUGAGGAUUAAUGUGAAAGGGGGCUCCGGAGGUCAAGGCUUCCCAAAAUAUGGUGGCAUUGGUGGAAGAGGUGGUGAUGUGUAUGUGGUGGCAUCGAAGCAUCUGUCCCUAAAGUCAGUAAAGGCAAAGUGUCCAAAGCAGAAGUACACUGCAGAGGCUGGUGGCAAUAGCAAGGUUCAUCGACUUAUGGGACCACCUGGGCAAGACCUAGAAAUACCAGUUCCCACAGGAAUAUGCAUCAGACUCGACAAUGGCAAAGCCAUAGGUGACAUGAAUGAAGUUGGUAUGAAGGUGAAGGUGGCAACGGGUGGCAUUGGUGGUGGUCCGGAGAACAACUUUGCUGGACAGAGAGGUGUCAGUCGAAAUAUCACGUUAGAUCUAAAGUUAAUAGCUGACAUUGGAUUAGUUGGCUUCCCAAAUGCUGGAAAAUCUACAUUGUUGGGUGCAGUUUCAAGAGCAGCGCCAAAGAUUGCAAAUUACCCCUUCACAACCAUAAAACCUCAGCUUGGAACCAUGAUGUAUGAGGAUAACAGACAGAUCACUGUUGCGGAUCUUCCUGGUUUGAUUGAAGGAGCUCAUGUCAACUUUGGCAUGGGCCAUAGUUUCCUGAAACACGUCGAGAGGACAAAAAUGUUGCUGCUUGUUGUUGAUGUGUUUGGAUUCCAACUGAGUAAUGAACAUCCACACCGAACUGCUUUUGAAACAAUCCUCUUGCUGAAUAAGGAGUUGGAGCUAUACAAGCCUGAAUUACUUGAAAAGCCAGCGAUAUUAGCUCUGAAUAAAACUGAUAUGGAGGGAGCUCAAGAAAAACUGCAUGAAGUGGUAGACAAGCUGGAGCAUGUGGAGAAACUGAUCAAAGAACUUGAUGACACAUUCCGCCCGAAGCAGUUGAUGAAAUUUGAUGAUGUGGUACAUAUUUCUGCAAAAAAGAAGGAUUCAGUUGGAUGGCUCCAGAGCAGGGUUCGAGAAGUACUGGACUAUUAUGCAGAUCAACGAUAUGAAGCAGAACACACAGAACUUCUUAGAAAAGGGACAAUUAAACCUAUUGAAAUGCCAACGGAAAGGUCAAAGACAAAACUUGUGUGAUGUCUCUCAUUAGUUGUCUCAAAUGAAAAUCACUUGACUGCCAAAAAUGUGUGCUCAGGCUCAGGUCCCAUUGGUCCACAUUUUAGUAAGCUUUACAUAUUGAUAUAGAUCUAUAAAGUCAAGUAUAACAACUGUCUUGUCCUCUUGUCAACUGGCUUUAUGCUGUAAAUGUGAUACAGAAAUUUGGUUCCAAUGAUGGCCUUAGCCAUUGUAUUGGAGAAGGCCUUUUUGGGAUGGAUACUGGUUGUGCAAAGCAAGUCUGUAACAUGAUGUAAAUAAACUGUAUAUUUAUA